GCACGGCUGGCUAGCAGUAACCGAGACGUGGGGAAGACGAGCGGGAGCUGCGUGGAGGCACAAAAGAGCCCAAACGAACGCAGCAGGGACCCGGAGAGGGGCUGAGACCCGGGCCACGCCCGUCUCCUAGUCUGGCCGCGCCCGUCUCUGCGAACACAGUGCCUGCCCCGGUCGCCCGCCCUUUCGGGCGCGGCUGGAUGCGGCGGGGGCUCCCGGCCCGGAGCGCGCAGGAGCGGCGUGCGGAGCCUGCGGGCACAGCGCCCUCCAUGCGCCCAGGCAGCCGGGGGCCCGCACCGAAGCCGCCGCCGCCGCGCUGAGCCCCGGCCCGGCCGUCGGCCCGCGCCCGGCGGCAGCAUGAGCCAGGCCGAGCUGUCCACCUGCUCGGCGCCCCAGACUCAGCGCAUCUUCCAGGAAGCCGUGCGCAGGGGCAACACGCGGGAGCUUCAGUCGCUGCUGCAGAACAUGACCAACUGCGAAUUCAACGUGAACUCGUUCGGGCCCGAGGGCCAGACGGCGCUGCACCAAUCGGUCAUCGACGGCAAUCUGGAGCUGGUGAAGUUGCUAGUCAAAUUCGGCGCCGAUAUCCGCCUGGCCAACCGCGACGGCUGGAGCGCGCUGCACAUCGCCGCGUUCGGUGGCCACCAGGACAUCGUGCUCUAUCUCAUUACCAAGGCCAAGUACGCGGCCAGCGGCCGGUGAUGCCCGCUGGACCUGUACCCGGCCGGGCCCGCGUCCGUGUGUCAUCUCUGCUGUUCCUUUCCGCCAACUACCUCGGUGUGCGCCGGGUUCGCUGACCCUUGGCGCCUGCAGCCACGGAGAGUACGGCGCGCGCGGCCAGACUGCACGCGCCUCUCGCUGGCCAGCGCCUCCCGGCGGCGGGCGCCGCGCCUUGCCUCGCGGGUGGGGGCAGGGCGCGCCCGGCGCGUUUGAAACCUGAGUCCCGCAGCCGGCUCCCUCCGAGCCCGGACUUCGGAUCCCGCGCCCAGCGCUUUCUCUUGGAGGUGAAGGCGCGCGGCGGACUCGGGCGCGCAGCGACGGAGACGCUCAUGGCCCCUGUAUUUAUCACGUAAGUGCUGCUGACCCUGCGUGCAGAAAUGGGGCGCGCUGGAGGACACAGGUGGGCGGAGGCACUUCGUACUGGCCGGGCAUGCCAGGCCUCUCCUCGCCUUCAUGAAACCACGUGAGAAGAAUAUGUCGCUAAUGCCGCGAAGCAGGCAGACAUUGGAACAGGCACAGAUUACUCCAAAGGGAGGUCUGUGUUUUUUCUACAUGCAAAUGCCUUUUUAAUUAUGUUAAUUAAUGUUAAGACUUCUAGGCUUAAGUAGAAGCUCUCUCUGUAUGGGUCCCGGUUUGAUCACUUCCAACUGGAUAAGUCUGCAGCACGUUCCUGAACGUAUAAUAGACUUGUAGCCCGGCUUGAAAAAUUUAAAAA